CUGUAACCCAAUCCUGCUCCUUUCAGCUCACUCUCACAUGUGACCCUUGGCCCCAUUGCCUCCAAUGUAAACCCCAAAUCUACCUUAGAUUGAUUUUCAUAGAUCAUUUCAGAUACAAAUUAAAAAACCCACAAAAACCCACUUCACCACUUUCUCUAUCUGUGAAUUUCCAUGGCUUCUGCAACCCAACCCAACCUCCUCCUCUGUUUCUUCCUGCUUUUUCUCUACUUGGGUCCAUUUGUCAGCGCUCAGAUUGAAGAGACCAGCUUGAAGUUGGUGGCAGAGGCUCUGGAGUGGCCUAGCUCCACAAUGUUACCACUCUACGACGAGCUCGAUGAGGAGGCGGAGGAAGACGGCGGCGAGGACAUGGAGCUGGACAUAGAACAUGGGUACGCACGCAGAUCUCUGUUCUGGCGGAGGAUGAAGUACUACAUUUCGUACGGGGCUCUCUCGGCCAACCGCAUCCCCUGCCCGCCGAGGUCAGGGAGGUCUUAUUACACCCACAACUGCUUCAAAGCCAGAGGCCCUGUUCGUCCGUACACCCGAGGCUGCUCUAGGAUCGCCAGAUGCAGACGGUGAUCGAACUGCAGGUGUUUUUAGCUUGCUGGAUUGGUUGGGCUGAGUUUUAAUUAGUAACUUAAGUUCUGGGUUUUAAGGUUUGAGGCUGUUUGUUUGUUUUGUUCAAUGGCAUUGUCGUCGGCAUCUACUUGUUUGCUGCAGAAAGUGUUUUGUUAAGAUUGUGAUUUGCUAUGGUAAAUUAAUGUGGUGUUAUGAUGAUUGGUUAAUGUUUUUGGAGGGUUUUUAA